AUGCUGGGCCAACUCGUGGGAUCCGUCAUGCUCUUGGUCGCAACCGCGAUCUUUCUCUACUACACCGCGUGGACCCUGUUGAUGCCCUUUGUCGACCCCGGCCACCCUCUCCACGACAUCUUCCCACCCCGUGUUUGGGCCAUCCGCAUCCCCGUUAUUCUCACUCUCUUGGGUUCCGCUGUGGUGGGCACCUUUAUUGGGAUUGUGAUGAUCAACAGCAACAAGAAGAAGGCGGCCAAGGCCAAGGCUGCUAAGAAGAAGACCUAA